UGACUGAUUUCUGUGAAUAAAGCCUAGCAGCCGACAAGCCUUUUUGGCUUUCGGCUUUGAAGAGAAUAAUCAAAAUAUGAUACAAAAUAUUCAAAUGAAUGUAGGAAUAUCAUUUAAGCAAUGCAGAGGUAUUAACCUGCGAAAUCAGGGAAAUUUUCAAGACGCAAAAGGGAAAUUUUAUUGUGGUUAAGUUGGUGCUGGCUAGCAGACAGCUUCAGUGGAGACAAGCGGCGGUGUUUACAGCUACAGCAGGUGUUUUUGACAGUCUGUUGCUGUCAACCGACAUGAAACUCCUCAAAAUUGAAAGUUUUUCCCAAGAUCAGUGUAACUUUAGGUUUUAAGCAAAUUUUUGUGCGGUCGGAAUACGUGACAAUGGAGGACUUGCUCUUGCAACUCGUGAAAGAGGCUGGCGGGGCCAAGCUAGCCCCACUCAGAACAGCGGCUCAGGAAGCAUACGAUUUUCUCGGACGGCAGUCCGUCCUCAUGCACGAUCCAGCUUAUGAACUAAGGGCAAAGUGCCUAUUACCGUUGCAAAUAGCCUUAGACACAAAACGGAGCAAGUUUGUAGCUCUUUCCCUCUCUGGGCUACAUAAACUUGUGCGGGAUGAUCGAUUCCAAUCUCAUCUUGAACCAGAAGACGAUUCUCUGUGGCUGCCGUCACAACUCCUUCACGUCUUCAAUUCAAUGCUUUCCCACACAGAUGAUACUCAAGUGGACAUGCUGAAGGUUUUAUUAAAUGUAGCCUGCUCUCCUAGCUGGACGGUAAAUGGGCGCAUAAUCAUCCAAAUGUUGACUUUGUGUGGUGAAGCAUACGAAUCUGGAAAUCAAUCUGUCCAAACUGCAGCACAGACUGCCACUAGUCACACUUUAAGGGCUUUCUGUAACUUUCUAGAGGAGGAAUGCCAAGAGCUAGAGCUGAAUGCCCGGCGAUCAAAGGAUGUGGCAGGCAUUGAGCUGAGUGCUGGUGUAUCCUGCUUCAGUGAAGUCAUUCCCAUUAUGCAGUUUAUUAUAAGCAGACUGGAUGAGUCACAAAGCUGUGGAAGAAAUGGGCACACAAUAGUGUUCCUGCUUGAAUGUCUUCAUACAUUAGUGUCCAGUUUGCCUCAGGCAGUGCAUGCUAACAGGCAUUUUACAGCAUUUUUAUGGCAGAAAUUGUGCCCAGCGCUUGUGGCUUUUUUAGGGACGCCUCGAGUGGACAAAAACAUUGUAUCCUCCCGCCCUGACAAUUCUACCCUCAGCAAAGCAGGUGCUGUUGUGAAAGGGCGUGGCUCGGGCUGCUUGGCCACCGCCCCAAGCUUCAACAGCCAGCAGGCCAAAACUGUGUACAGCAUUGGAACACAACUGGUUCGUCUUGUCGGCUGUGUUGGCUCUUUGAGACCUGUCUUGGAAUCCGUUUUCCACCGAAUGCUGCUGUACCCACCACCUCAACAUCGUUUAGAAGCUUUGCGAGCACUUAAAGAGCUGCUUAGAAGCCCCAGCCGCAUGGUUGACUUUGCUGGGCCAAUUAUUUUAGAGGAUGAAAAGGGAUCUCCUCAAAGUGACAUGGCUCUCAUGAGAUUGGUCAUGGACUCCAUUGAAGAGUGCGCAACGAGGGGAAAUUCUGCACUAGCACAAGCCAGUGUGGCCUGUAUUGUAGCUAUGCUGGGGUCUUUGGAAGAACUCUGUGCUGGCAGGGGUGUAUCUGACAAGUACACAGAAAAAAUUAAUACCACCUACCCACACUUAAUCUUGUGUGACUACAGAGGCCCAUUAACUUAUCAAAGCAUGUCAAGACUGCCCAAGAAUUAUAGGGAAAGAAUGGAGCGAGAAAAGGCAAUGCUGAGAAACGGUGCUGCUGAAAGUGACAGCAGUAGUGGUAUAGAACAAAGCCAACCAGGCGCAAGUGAUCACAGUGACAGGAGUGAUCAAAGCCACAGUUCUGGGGAUACUGAAGGACCAGAAGAUGACCCUCAGUUGGAUGAAAUGGUUGCUGAUGCUGAGAUACAUGUUGGAAAUCAAAAGCUUGACCCAAUUGAUGAAAGGCUGGAGCGCUUGCCUCGUACCCUUCAUGACUAUCAACCUAUACCGGUCCGUGCUGAAUACAUUGAUGUUGAACGUCAGAGUGCUCGUCAUUUUGCUCAGAGCCUCAAUGGUUUAGUGAGAGAUUUGUUGAGCUUACGAAGUUCAAUAGAAGUUGAUGCUGCUAUGCAAGAGUUUGCAUCCAAAUAUUGCCAAGGAGUAUUCACCGGACAACAUUUAAGUGACUGUCCCGCAGCACCUGUGACUAUCAUCAAUGCUGAUGGAAUUUAUCUUGCUACAUACUCUGCUCUUCUUUUGAACCUUAAACUGAUUCACCAAGGAUAUUACUCUGAUAGCAAUAAAAUGCUUCUUAUGAAUGAGGAUCAAUUUGUCGAACAAGUUCAUGGUUCAGGAGUUCUUGUUUAUUUGUCAUCUGCCUGGCUGUCAGAGUUGUACCAGGAGACCCUAAGUAACAGUGUUCUCGAGAGCAAUGGUUAUGAUCCCUCUCAAACAGACAACAUUGCCCUAAUUAACCUGCUGACUGAUCUUGAUGGCUUGGACUCGAACCAACCUGGUGGCCAAUUGCUGUCCGACUGUAGACGCCUUGAACGAGCCACUACUCAAGUUGAAACUAGUCCUGAGGUCGAAGCAGGCAUCAAGUUGUCUCGACGAGUCCUCACGUGCUGCUGGGACUCUAUGCUCGCCGUUCUCUCCUCCUUGUUGGAAGGCUCCAGUCGUGUUGCAUCUAGCCGUACAGGCAACAGUAGGGAUGACAGUAGAAGAUUCCGAGAGGCAGUUGUCUCUAGCUUGGAAGGAUUGCAACGAGCUGCCAAACUAGCAAAUGUUUUAGGAAUGCAAACACGAUGUGGCUCACUCUUUUCUCUGUUGGCCACUGCAUCAUGUCCUGUUGGAGCAAUGGACAGUAAUUUGAAUGGGGCAGCCUCAGAUGAAGAUUUAGCAGCUGAGGCAAAUGAUAAUAAUGGCUUAGGUCAUGCUUUUACGAGUGCUCGCAACCGAGAACAGUUGGCCGCGGCUUUAAGGCACAGUCUUAGGAAACCUCGUCAACGCAUUCGUAAGCUGAAGCGUUUGCUUGGUCAGACUCGUAAGCUUCAUGCCUCCCAUGCGCUAAGUAUGGAUGUCCUUGUCGGCCGCGGUCUUGAAAUGAGCAGUCACAGUGCAGACUGUUGGCCUCAUGUGUUCCGGUGUUGCUUGUUUGUGGCCAAGUUGGAGCAUGACUUUUUCAGCCAAGUCCACAACCGUAAUCUUGGCCCUAAAUUAUCCAUGAAAACAAGUUCUUCUUCACCCGCCAUAGACAAGUCUUCUAUCCACGAUCGUCUCAACUUGAGUUUUGACUCUGUUGACGACACUGAAAUAUGUGAUGUGUAUGGGUUCCUGUCCACACCAUCCACACCUGUGAGUACUGCUGCCUCUGUAGCGGAUGUCAUUCAAGGUAGCUCUGCAGACGCUAGUUCAGGUGGUCUUUUAUCAGACUACCACGCUGCUAAAGUCAUUUGCCUUUUGUCUCAGCAAGUUGACAGGUUAUUUGAGGAGGCUGCUCUCAAGCUCAACAUGAGAGCCCUCUCUGGCUUUUUGAAGGCUCUUUGCUCCGCAUCGCACGGUCAGCUAUUUUCGCGUUCAGGGAAAAGCAACCCGGUUGGCCGUGUUAGUUCAGAGCAGGAGGCGGCGGCCAGCAGGACAUGGUGGCCAGGAGCGCGCCUGAAGGGGAAGUCUCAGACCGAAAUCGAGCAGCACGACCAUCCCGAUACAUCGUUACUGCUGACGCGGAUCGGUGACGUCAUGCUCAAGUGCAUCAGGAGUGGAAGGCCUUUGAUCCACAUCAUGAGAGCAUGGUCUAUAGUCGGGCCACAUUUCAUGGAGGCUGCUUGUCACAGAGACCGUGCCAUAUCCAAACAGGCAGUUGCAUGUAUUCAUGAUUCUGUCAAUGCCCUCCUUAACGACCUGUCAGAGCUCCCUUAUUUUCACUUCAAUGAGGCCUUGUUCAAGCCGUUCGAAAAUCUGCUCUGCCUUGAGCUUUGUGAUUCAGACGUCCAGGAUCAGAUUGUCAGCUGUAUUUGUGAAUUUGUAGAAGCAAAUAGAACUGAGAUCAGAUCAGGUUGGAGGCCUCUAUUCGGUGCAUUGCGAGUUGUGAAAGUUGCUGCACCCUCUGCUGUGUCAACUACUCCAACGUCAACUGCAGUUGGACACCUCGCGGCCCUGCUGGACGUAUUUCAAGUUUUCCUCAACACCCACAAUCCUCUAGUCUUCUCCAAUGCUGCUGUUGAUUGCGUUCUCUGCUUGCUGAAACAUGUGCGCAAACCAGGUGACGCUGAGGAUCCAAACAGUGAAGUUCCCCUACAGCUACGGAUAGCUGCUCUGAAGUACCUGCGGCGCUGUUGCCAAAUCCUUGCCUCCAUGUGCGACAUGCCCGCCUGCCCCAUCUUCCACUCCGCUCACCGGCUGUGCCAGAGCCCCGCGCUGGUGCUCAACCCCAUCCACUCGGACUUGGAGAUCGUGGACUGGGAGCCCGGCUCGUGCAUGGACGAGGCGACCACGGCGCUGCACGCCGCGCUGGGCGCCGUGCCGCACUCCACGCUCAGCACCUUCGACGACCCCGGCAUCAUCGACCUGGCCUCCGUGGACAGGCCCAGCGGCGUGCUGCGCGUGUGGUACCUGGUGCUGGAGGGGCUCAUGGCCACGGUGGCCGCGCCCGGCGACACGCCCGGCGACACGCCCGGCGACCAGCAGCAGCAGCACGUGCUGGACGCCCUGUUCCAGCAGCUGCACGAGUUGCUGCAAGUGCCAGGCCCGCUGUUCGCGCUGCACUGCGUGAACCACAUGCUGCUGCCCAUGCUGCAGGGCUGGCUGCGGCGCGCCGGCAAGCAGCCCGACGCGUGGGACCGCUGCGCCGCCAGCUUCAAGCAGUGCACCGGGCUGGCCACGGACCUGGUCGUCGAGUACCUGGCGUACCUCAAGGGCGCGGCGCCCGGCUCGGCGCAGGGCGGGGCGCAGGGCGCGGCGGGGCUGGUGGAGGCGGCGUGCACGCUCAUGCUCAAGGGCGUGCUGCUGGUGCUGGUGGAGUGCGUGAUCCAGCCCGUGGAGAGCAUCGCGCGCCUGGGCUGCGCCUGCAUCCGCCACUUGUUCACGUCGGCGGGGCCGCUGCUAUCCGAGCCGCAGUGGUGGGCCGUGGUGGCGGGCGUGCACCUCGCCACGGCCGCGUCGCUGCAGCCCAUGCGGCAGCUGCUGGUGGCCUUCCGGCCCGGCAGCCACGCCUUCUACGGCGACGUCGGCCAGGUCAAGGUGGCCGCGCGCAGGGACACGACGCCGGAGCAGUGCCUGCGCCUCGCCCACCUGGGCCACCAGGUGUUCUUGUUGGAGGGCCAGCGCGAGGCGGCCUGCCCCGCCCCCGCCGCGCCGUCGGUGUCCGUCCCGGGCGGCGGCCCCGGCGACGCGGAGGAGCGCUCGUACGUCCUGCUGCUCUUCAGCCCCAGCUCCAGGGCGUCGGGGUCCGCCACGGCGCAGAGUUCGCCGGGGGCGGGGCCUUGCUCGCCUUGCUCGCCGUGCUACGCGCUGGGCGCGGGCGAGGAGGCCGUGGUGCGGGUGUGGUACCGCGCCCUGGUGGUGGGGCUGCUGGCGCACCAGCUACUGCUGCACUCGCUGGGCGCGCUGCUGCUGCGGGGGACGCCGCACGCCGUGCCCAGCCUGGCCAACGUGGUGCAGUGCGGCAGCGCGACCGGCGCCGAGCCCGGCCUGCCCGCCCUGCCCGGCCUCAUGCGCUGCCUGUCGCCGGCCCAGCUCGAGGCGCUGCUCUCCGCGCUGGACGUGAGCUACUGCGCGGCGCUGCAGUUCGACGCGCGGCCCGGCCUCAAGUUCCUCGUGCAGAAGGUGGCCGGCCUGGACUCGGCCGCCAACCUGUACCGCCAGGCCGCUGCCGCCUGGACCAUCAAGGUGGUGGUGCUGGUGGACGUGGCGCUGCACCAGAUCGCCGUCACGUCGGCGUCCACGGAGGACGUGCGCCGCCUGAUGGAGGACAGCCCCACCAAGGACGGCGCGGGCAGCCUGGGCUGGGCGCUGUCGCUGCUGCGGCAGUCCUUCGACGCGCUGUGCGCGCUCUACGUGGACGUGGUGGAGGACCGCGAGGGCCAGGGCCACGGCCAGGGCCGCCACGCCGCCUCCGACGCCCUCGGCGACACGCCCAUCUUCUUCCUCACGACGCAGGGCUCCGACUUCCCCGACAUCCCCUGCAGGCAGGAGCUGCUCGCCGAAAGACAGGACUUGGGGAGUGCUGACUUGGAGGAGGCCGACAACGCGAGUGGAGGGCCAGAGGACGAGGACGAGGACGUGGUGCCCAAGCCGAGGAAGGUGAAGAAGGAGAGGCGAGAGAAGCCGUAUCGUCCUUUCAAGCUGGCGGACCUGGGCCGCAUGUCUCUGGACUCCACGAGCAGCUCCUCCUCGAGCGUGGAGGUGGACGAAAACGACGGCACCAGCCACACCAGCCACACCGAGCACAGAGGGAGCCCCUCGCCGAGCACACUGGACGACGCGGACCAGGACGACGACGACCCCCCCAGCCACGAGCAGGACGGGGUGGCGGAGAACAACAUGGAGACGCUGGUGGCGGAGUACCGGCGGCACAAGUCGAGGUUCGGCCUGCAGCCCAGGGCCAACCCCUUCAACUCGCCGCCGCCGCCGCCACCCGCCCUGGACAUCCCCCCCGAGAUCGACCAGCAGCGGAGAGCGAGCAUCGUCAAGGACUCCGGUGCUCGGCGCGUGGCUGCCCGGGAGAUGCUGGGGUCGCUGCUGGACCUGGUGGCCCAGCUGUCCGACGCCCAGUUCAUGGCCCUGCUGCCCGCGCUGUUCGGAGGACUCCGGCGGCUGACGGCGCACUCGCGCGACCACACGCUGCAGCAGGCGCUGGCCGAACUGUACCACCGCAUCGCCCGCCUCUACGGCUUCAGCGCGGAGUAGAGUCCAGAGAGAGUCCUCGCCCUCUCCGUAUUCUAGUCAAGUAUUCUAUCCAAGUAUUAUACCGUAACUGUCACCAGUAGAGCGAAACGGGAGGUCUCCUCUUGGUAUCAAAUCAAAACUUAUCAGAAAAUUAUGAGUGAAUCGAAUAGAGGAUAAAUAAUCUAUUGUUCUUGUUUUUUUUUUAACGUUGGCAAAACAUUUUAUGUACGCCUUUUCUCUCUCCUAAAGUAAUUGAUUUUCCUGUCACUUAUCAAUUUUUGUGGGAUAGACCCAUGUGCUACUUAGUAUUGAUAUCGGUUGCUGAAACUGAUUUUAUAUUGAUCUGUUAUGUUUUGUUUUAGUUUGUCCAUCAUUUCUCCACUUUAUUUUCUUUUUCUGAACCAACUUCUAGUCAUUUUGAAACCCUUUAUUUAAGUAACCACUUAUUGUGAUUGUUUUUUAAGUACUGUUUUAUUUUUACAGAAGGACAUAUUGACCAUUAUGGUGUAGUUUUAAAAUAUUAUUUGCAUUUGUAUUUAUAUUUUGCUGUGAUUACAUAGACCAAAAAAUGUGAUUAUGAUCAUGAUUUUUGUAGUAUUAUUGAGACUGCUCCAUCAAUAACUUUGUUUGGAGGAACUGAUCUCAUAUUGGUAGCCAUACCUUAUUUUUGUGAACUAAAUUUUAUGCAGACUAUGUUAAGACAGGUAAUCUGCCUAUGAAUGCGUAAUUACAUUUAAGUACCAUUGCCAAAGUGAAAUCAGUCAUCAAAGAUCUAGUAGUUGUACUAAAAACCAAGUGUGAAUUUUCAAUUUUGACCCAAUCAGUAUACCAAAGAGCAUAUUCAAUGUUUUCUUUCAUCUUUUGAAUGAGAUAAUGUUGAGCAGAUAACUGUAGAUAGUUAACCAAUCAACCAAAAUAUUUAAUCAAAUAAAUUCUUUGAAACAAA